AUGACGUCAGGAGAAGAGGUUGUUAUUGUAUGUGCACUUCGAACACCCAUUGGAAGGGCGGGAAAAGGCAAGCUCAAGAGUCUCAAGAAUGACGAGCUUAUUACGGCAGCCAUCCAAGGUGUUAUUGAGAAGACCAGAAUUGAUCCAAAGCUUAUUGAAGAGGUUGUUCUUGGGCAUUGCCUAUCUUCGAUGGAAGGAAGUGUAGCUGCAAGAAUAGGUGCCCUAAGGGCUGGAAUCCCCGCUGAGACGCCUGUUAUGACUAUAAACAGGUUAUGUGCCUCUGGGAUGGAGUCUAUCGGGCUUAUUGCAGAAAAGAUUAAAUCGGGAAGGAUAGAAAUCGGAUUGGCUGGAGGAUUUGAAUCCAUGUCAUCUUAUGGACUGCCUCAGGAAUACAACCUAAGCAGAAAUGAGACAUCUACAGAUGCUAGAGACUGCUUUCUCUCAUUUGGAGAAGUUACUGAGAUGCUGAGUAAAACCUAUGGCAUAACACGUGACGAAGCUGAUGAAUAUGCAUCGAUGAGUCAAAGAAGGGCUCUUGAAGCCAUGAAGAAAGGUAACCUUCUCAAGGAGAUAAUUCAAAUGAAGGUCGGAGAUGAAAACAUCAAGGAUGAUGAGGGAAUAAGGGAGACAUUACUUGAAGUGAUCAAAAAAUUGAAACCAGUAUUCAGGGAUGAUGGAAUUUGUACAUCUGCUAACUCUUCGCAGCUGUCUGAUGGUGCUUCAGCAAUACUUUUGAUGAAAAGGAGAAAAGCUGACGAGCUAGGGCUCCCAGUUAUUGGAGAAUUUGUUGAUUUUAUUGUUGUAGGGCUCAAGCCUAGGGAUAUGGGGCUGGGGCCUGUUGUUGCCAUUGAGAAACUGCUGGACAGGAAUAAUCUUAAGAAAGAUCAAAUUUCAUACUUCGAGAUAAACGAGGCUUUUGCGUCCCAAGUCCUUUGUUGCCUCAGAAGGCUGGGAAUUGGCGAGGAUAAAGUUAAUAGGUACGGAGGUGCCAUAGCUCUUGGGCAUCCUAUAGGAGCCUCUGGGGCAAGGAUUGUUUGCACGCUGUUGAAUGUUAUGGAAAACGAGUCGUUGGGGGAAUAUGGGGUGGCAUCCCUCUGUGUGGGGGCAGGACAUGGGAUAGCUGCAUUGUUUAAAAAGAGCUGUUAG